CUCCCCAGCAAUGCAUUUUGGGAUCCGCAGGAGGAUGCAUGCGGUUGCUGCAUGGAUUUAACUCGUCCCUGGGUGUCUCUUCGGCAGGGACCGGGAGGGCUGGAUGGCGCUUCCAUGGACGCCGUCCGCCGGCGGGGAGCGAUGCCGGAGCGGAGCUGCCGCCGCUGAAGCGGGGGCCGCCUAACCCCGCCGCAGCCGGCGUGUGCGACUCCCCGAGCCCCGGCGUGUGAGACGGGAGGCUUUUUUUUUUUUUUUUUUAAUUAUUUAUUUUUUUGUUACUGGGUCGCAGCGGUUUGUGGUUCUGCGUUGCGAAUCGCGGUUCCGGCAGCCCACGUCUCUCCGGCACCUCCGUCUCCGGCGGCGGGCACCCUGCGAUGCCCGGGCUGGAUGCUGCUGCCUGAAGGGAGGAGGAGAGCAGCGGGGAGAGACAUGUAUCUUCUGGACAGCAGCGAGCCGCCGGCCGCCGCCUCCUCCUCGCCGGAGAGGAUGCAGCGGGGGACCCCCCAGAGGAAAACCGUCUACCGCAUCUCCGUGACCAUGGUGAAGAAGGAGCUGCUGGGGCCGGAGAGCGGCCAUCCCGGGCCGGAGCUUCCCCGCCACGGGCGGCGCGGGGGGAGCCGGGCGCCGGGCUCCUCCAGCCUCACCAGGGCCGGGCUGCUGCUGGUGGAGGAGGAGGAGGGCGAGGAGGAAGGCGAGGAGCGGGACAGAGUCCCCAGCCCCUGCGGCUUCCGCAACUUCAGGACCCUCAGCACCGGGCAGCUGGAGCUGGGCCGCCUGAAGGUGCCGCGGAGAGCGGGGCAGCCCUUCCCCGCCGAGCUCGCCCUCGGCGGGCCGCGGGGCAGCCCUUCCCCGGAGGGGAGCGGCGGGGAGCCGGCGGCCACCUGUGGCGGGGCCGAAGGCGCAGCCUCCCCCGAGGAGGAGGAGGAGGACGGGGGGCCGGGGGCCCGCGGCCCGCCCUCAGGCCGCUCGGGCGAGGCCGCGCCGGCGGCGGGGGAGCGGGGGCAGAGCCCCUGGCGGCAGCCGGGCCUGCUGCGGCGGAGCUUCAGCUUCAGGCACUGGAGCGGCGGCGGCGGGGAGCUGCCGCGGAUGCGGGCGCUGAGCCGGGUGCGGCGGCACAGCAGCUCCGGCUGCCUCCCCGGGCCGCCGCCGAGCCAGGGGGCCGGGCCGCCGGGCUCGCCGCCCGCCGCCGCCGCCGCCCUGGUCCCCGCCGUUCCCCCCGAGAAGCGCAACACGCUGGACGUGGGCGAGGUGCUGAGCCAGGCGGACCCGCUCUCCCAGCUGGAGCGCUGGGAACGGAGCAAGAGCAAGAACCGGACUCUGGAUAACAGCGACCUGCAGCGGCUCUCCGAGCGGCUGGGCCGGGAGGGCCCCGCCGCCGCCAACCACGAGCACCGGCUGCUCCGCUUCUUCAGCGGCAUCUUCGCCCGCAAGGACGGCACCUCCGCCCUCUUCGGCAGCCCCCACGGGCGGUCGCCCCGCAGCAGCUUCUCCAGGUCCAGGGCUUAUUUUAGCAGCCUCAGGAGAGCCACCGUGGACAUGCAGUCUAGCUCCGAGAGCAUCAAUGGGUCCCCCCACAAAGAUGCCUUUGUAAAUAGCCAGGAAUGGACACUAAGCCGAUCUGUACCAGAACUGAAAGUGGGGAUUGUGGGUAACCUAGCGAGUGGCAAGUCUGCACUUGUACACCGGUAUCUGACUGGCACAUAUGUCCAAGAAGAAUCACCUGAAGAUAUGGAUGCAGGUGGGAGAUUCAAGAAAGAGAUAGUAGUUGAUGGACAAAGCUAUCUGCUGCUGAUUAGAGAUGAAGGGGGCCCUCCAGAGGCACAGGAAUGGAGUCACUUAGGGAAAAAUAAAGGCAGUGAGUUUGCCAUGUGGGUGGAUGCUGUUAUAUUUGUCUUCAGCUUGGAAGAUGAAAUUAGCUUCCAGACUGUUUACCACUACUACAGCCGUAUGGCUAACUAUCGUAACACUAGUGAAAUUCCAAUGGUACUAGUGGGAACGCAGGAUGCUAUAAGUUCCAGUAAUCCACGUGUCAUAGACGAUGCCAGAGCAAGGAAAUUAUCGAAUGAUCUCAAGAGAUGCACUUACUACGAAACCUGUGCUACUUACGGACUCAACGUGGAGAGAGUCUUCCAAGACGUUGCUCAGAAGAUCGUUGCAACAAGGAAGAAACAGCAACUCUCAAUUGGACCCUGCAAAUCUCUCCCAAACUCUCCAAGCCACUCAUCCGUGUGUUCUGCCCAGGUUUCUGCUGUACAUAUCAGCCAGACCAGUAAUGGAGGAGGGAGUUUAAGUGAUUAUUCCUCCUCUGUCCCAUCAACUCCAAGCACCAGCCAGAAGGAGCUACGGAUUGAUGUUCCUCCCACUGCCAACACACCAACUCCUGUCCGUAAACAGUCCAAGCGCCGAUCCAACCUCUUCACGUCUCGGAAAGGGAGUGACCCAGACAAAGAGAAGAAGGUCCUGGAGAGCAGAACAGAUAGCAUUGGAAGUGGUCGUGCAAUCCCAAUUAAACAGGGUAUGCUGCUAAAGCGAAGUGGCAAGUCACUUAAUAAAGAGUGGAAGAAGAAAUAUGUGACGUUGUGCGACAACGGUGUGCUGACCUACCAUCCUAGUUUACAUGACUAUAUGCAGAACGUUCACGGGAAAGAAAUCGACUUGCUGCGAACCACUGUGAAAGUCCCUGGGAAGAGGCCGCCGCGAGCUACGUCAGCUUGUGCACCCAUUUCCAGUCCCAAAACAAACGGCCUCUCCAAGGACAUGAGCAGUUUACACAUCUCGCCAAAUUCAGGGAACGUGACUACUAGCACAUCUGUGUCUCAGAUGGCAAGUGGGAUCAGUCUAGUCUCCUUCAACAGUCGUCCGGAUGGUAUGCAUCAGCGCUCUUAUUCGGUCUCCAGUGCAGAUCAGUGGAGUGAGGCAACAGUCAUUGCAAACUCUGGCAUUAGCAGUGAUACCGGGUUAGGAGAUUCUGUGUGUUCGAGCCCAAGUAUAUCCAGUACGACGAGUCCCAAACUUGAUCCACCUCCUUCACCUCAUGCCAACAGAAAGAAACACCGCAGGAAGAAAAGCACGAGCAAUUUCAAAGCUGAUGGUAUCUCGGGCACAGCUGAAGCCAAACGCAAAGCUUGGAAACUAAACCGUGUUGGUAGCCUGCGAAAUAUAUACAGCAGCAGCAGCACCAACACUGAAGAACAAGAAGAAAACUUUGAGUUUAUCAUUGUCUCUCUCACCGGCCAGACUUGGCACUUUGAAGCUACCACAUAUGAAGAAAGAGAUGCCUGGGUACAAGCCAUAGAGAGUCAGAUCUUGGCCAGUUUACAGUCGUGCGAGAGCAGCAAGAACAAGUCCCGCCUGACGAGUCAGAAUGAGGCCAUGGCACUGCAGUCCAUAAGGAACAUCAGAGGCAAUUCCCACUGUGUGGACUGUGAAGCACAGAACCCCGACUGGGCCAGCUUGAAUCUGGGAGCCCUAAUAUGUAUCGAAUGCUCAGGUAUACACCGAAACCUUGGCACGCAUCUCUCCAGGGUCCGCUCUCUCGACCUGGAUGACUGGCCUAUAGAGCUCAUCAAGGUGAUGUCUUCGAUCGGGAACGAGCUGGCAAACAGCGUCUGGGAGGAGAGCAGCCAGGGCCAUGUGAAACCUUCAUCAGACUCCACAAGGGAAGAAAAAGAGCGCUGGAUACGUGCGAAAUACGAGCAGAAGCUCUUCCUUGCCCCACUGCAGUGCUUGGAGCUUUCUCUGGGCCAGCAUCUCCUGAGGGCUACAGCGGAGGAGGAUUUGCGGACGGUCAUCCUGCUCCUUGCCCACGGGACUCGGGAAGAGGUGAACGAAACCUGCGGAGAUGGUGAUGGGCGCACUGCCCUCCACUUGGCGUGCAGGAAAGGAAACGUGGUGUUAGUGCAGCUCUUGAUUUGGUAUGGCGUCGACGUGAUGGCACGUGAUGCCCAUGGAAACACGGCAUUGGCCUACGCCCGGCAGGCCUCCAGCCAGGAGUGCAUUGACGUUCUCCUCCAGUACGGCUGCCCCGACGAGCGCUUCGUCCUCAUGGCCACUCCAAACUUGUCCAGGAAGAACAAUAACCGGAACAACAGCAGCGGAAGGAUGCCCACCAUCAUCUGAGGAGCUCACUCGUGUAUUUGCUGACCUGAAUUACAUCCGCAGCCUCAUAUUCCUCCAUCCCCAUCACGGCUCUGCUCUGCGAGUCUGGUUAACUCUCCUUUUCCCUUUUCCCUUCAGUACAUCCCUGUCCCAUCCGGAAAUGGCGCGUCUGGAGAGCGCGAGGGGAUGAGAAGGAGCAAAAGGGGCUGCAGAGAAAGCAGUUGUUUCAGUGACAGCUCUCGAACGAUGGAAGCAAGUGGGCGAGAGCGCGUGGGUUGAGCAGGACACGCCGCGCAUAGCACCGGGACCACGGGAGAGCGGUCGUCCUCAGGGGCGGACGCAGGCUUCCUGAGCGUGGAGGGAAGGGGCGGAGGGAGAGGCGAGCGAGAGGAGAAGGAAGGAGAGAUGGUGACUUUCCGUAACUGACAGUUAAGCACAUCAGUACAUUUCACCUCUACCAAACGCAACGCCUGGAUUUCAUUCUCUUCUCUGAAGAGCUUGACGGCAUAAAUCAGAAGCAAGCACAGAGUUUGUCAGGUUUGAAGCUCCUAUGAUGGUAUGUGUCAAAUCAGUUGUAGCUAAUCUGUCCGGGGAGAAUACUGGCUUCAUUACACUUGUAUAGUUGAGUUCUUCCAGCAUUACCGCUGUUUAAUAGAACAUGAUUAGUCAUCACGGAGAAAAAAGCAUAUUAGCUGAGGAGGUAGUUACAUGGCACGCUUCGGUGAUUGCUUGGAUGUGAUUGCAAUAUUCUUAGAAGCAUCAUAUUAUCUCAGACAUGUUCUUUCAAGCCCUUGGAGCCCUCCUUUCUAAAUUCACUGUCAUAAUUUAGUAUCUGUUUAAUUUUUCAGUCCAAAGAGAGGAAAUGAGUUGCUGAGUGUUAUUUGACUGCAGUCUCCUUGGUGUAAAAACAAAAUGGAAAAAAUAAAUAAGAGUAACUAUGAAACACAAAAAGGAAUAAUGAAUACCGCUAAGGAAAAACAUUUCAAGUACGUUUAGUGAAAUUAAUAAACGCAUUAAAGGCUAAUAUUUUUUCAGCCAGCAGAAAUAGGUUCUGUCAUUUUGCCAAGGUAAAUGUGUUGAGUUUUUGGUCACUCCUGUGAUGCAUUGCCUAACUUAUACAGAUUUUUGUAUUGUGUCUCUAGAUUAUAUGUAUGUAAAAUCUAUUUGAAUAAAAAAAAACAUAAAUAUGCAUUGAUUUUUUUUUUUGUACAGAAAAUGACAUCUCUGUUAAUUUAUAAACUAUAAUGGAUGUGAACUAAAUAAUGUGCAACUAGUUAGGAUCUGUGGGUUACAGAUCACUGUACAUUGAAAACAUUCCCAGCAGUGAACUCUUGUUUCCAUCGCAAGCCUUUGAGGAACAUAUCAGGAGGAGAUUAUGGCACGUUUGGCAUGGAAAAAAAAAGUGUACGAGACCCUUUUAGAAAGGAAAAAGAGGCUGUUUCUCAGCGCUGUAAAUAUAUUUUACUCCAGAAGUCACGAAGCUUUCACAAGCCAAGACAAAAAGCCCUAGCCUGGCUGUGGGAAGAUCAGAUUUGAUUAAGUUCAGAAUUGAUAGCCUUCACCGCAGCGGGCAGGGCAUGGCUGCGCUUGACUCCCAACUUGGCUGCUUUCUGGAAGAAAAAUGGCUUGUGAAAGUAGCCUGGACAGUUCAUUUGAAUUCCAAGUUUUAAUACUUGAUUUGAUUAUUUUGGUAUUACCAGGCAGAUCCCAGCUUCUCCUGUUUUCAACAAAGUAGGAUUCUGGCAUGGGGAAGCAGGCUGUACAGGUUUUGGCAGGCAGAAAAGUGGGGGUUUUUUUAAGUGGCAUAUGGCAAUGUGAAGAUGGGGGAAGGGUAUAUCACAGAGAAAGUUGAAAACUCAACUGAAUUCGAUGGCAAAGGAGCAAUUAUGUGAAGGCAGUGAGGUGCACACAGCAUAGUAAUUUGCCAAUCUAACUGCUCGUAUGUAUUUCCCAAGCCUUCAGUGGUGUUCUUUCUUGGGGCUCUGGAUUUCAUUUGGCAUACAGAUGGGAGGAGUGUAGCAAUUGCUAAAUAAAGUGUAUGUGGACAAAACAUGAAGGAAAAAAAUGAAAUCUGGUUAUCUUAAGGAAAAAAAAAAUCAGAAAAUUACAGAUUUGAUGUAAAAUCAUCAAAUCAUGGAAGAAAAGCGAGCCUCAAGGUGGAAGCACGAGAACAUUGACCAGCUUUUCCUGUUCAGUGGUGUUCUCAUUUUGUACUUUGUUACUGUAUAGACCUUUGACUAUUUGGGGGGGAGAUCUUUCUUCAACCAGCCUAGGCUGGCUGCAUCAGAGUAAGGCUACAGCUGAUUCUCUUCAUACUGGGAUAAUUUUAGUUUUAUUUUUUUUCAACUGAGGAAGGGUGUCUGUUAUAAUUGCUAUUUCUCCAUCAUUCCCAUGCAGCUCCCUGAUCUUUGGUACUUACGGGUGGUCCUUCAGCGAUGGGACAACCCAUCUAAUGUGCAGCUGAAGGGGAUGCUGUGAAGCCCGCUGUCUUGGUGCUCAUGAGCUUUACACCCCUACGGGGGGAUGCAGCGGGGGUUCAGGAAUCGCAGCUCAUCGUCCCAAAGGUGCUAUAGCUGCCUGCUGUUCCCCUGGGAGCAUCAAGGGCAUUUGUAUCCGAAAACCAAGUCCAAUGUUUCAAAUAUGUGGUAGGCAGAUUUGCUGCUGUUAAGUUCUCAAUGCAUGUUCCAUUUCUGAGCUGUUUGGUUUUUUUUCUAAUUGAAAAUAUUUUCUCUACGUAAUUUAAUGCUCUCUUUGGGCCACCUUCUUCUUACAAAGCUGAGAGUGAUGUUAGAGAAACAAGGGCAGCCAGGCUGUCAUGCAGAUUUCAGGUCAAAGAAUUAUACAUUCCUUUCAUAAAAAUUUUCUGAAGGUGAACAUCGAAAAAUCACAGAAUAUUUUUAGGAGAGGAAAUUCCACUGUAUCGUAGGAAAAAUGAUAUAUCCAGGCUAGCCAACUAAUAACCUCAUACUUUAAUUAAGCAGUAACACAGUUGCUUUUAACCUAAAGGCAGUUUUUUUCCCUUGGAGGUGUAAGCAGUGGCAGUACCUAUGUUGAAGUGGCAUAGACUAUGUGAUGACUUCUCCCAAACGUUUGGGGGUCUGCAGGGAGGAUACCCGGUCGUGCGUGCAGCAGCGAUCCCUUCGAAAGACAGGACAUCACCCAGCACUGUCUCUCCAAGUCAGGAGAGACCUCUGGCACUACAGCUGGUGAUGCUCCAGCCACGGGAGAACAGAGCCCGAGGGUCCGUGCCUUGUGGAGUGUUGGCUACUGCAUCCCCUGUUCAAAUGGGUUUGGUUGGAUGGCUGUGAGAAGUUGUGUGGCACCUUCUGAGCUAGCGGGACAGGCCACCUGGCAAGGAAAGUCAGGCCGGCGCAGACUCCAUUGCCUUCUUGCAUGGUGAAGGAGAGGAGGGGAAACCCCUUCCCCCCACAGCUGAGAGCGAGGAUAGAGGAAGUUCUCCAUGGCUGGAGCCCAGUGGGGCUUGGCUUUGUGAGCCAAGGUCUCUGGCCUCUGCAUGCUUUUCAGGGGAUGUGUUUGCACUUUGCAAAAAGGAUGUGCUUGAAGCCGUCCAGGUGCAGAAACAGGCAAUAUGUACUGACACUUGGAGAACCUGCAGGAAUCGUUCCCCUUGCUUUCGCUCUGUUAACCCGUCCUUUUUCUGUUCUUCGUCUCGCGUUUAGCCCCUCUCGUUGCUUUUAUGGAACCCACUUGCCAGGCCAUUUACGCCCUUUGAGCAUGUUAUGAGCAAAUUAAAAACAAAUUGAGAUCCAGUCAGUAAGAAAUCCCAGCAGAAACAUGUUAGCUAAAGCUGUUUUCUCCGAAAAUGGAGUCCGCGGCUGUGGUUUUCAUUGCGUCCCCCAUUUAACCCUUUUCAUCAUCCCAGAUACCUUUAAAUUCCCCUUCCUCUGCACUUUAUCCACAAUGACUAAAACACUAGAAGUGAGUCAGCCUUUGCUAUUAACAUCAGCACUUUCCUUCUAUUUAUUUUAAGCUAAUUGCUGUUGAACAAUGUAGAUGAGUCGGAUGUGUUGUAUCCGGCAUCUGAACCUUGACAUUCCCAGAGCUGAGGAGGGUUUACUUUUCCUCACUAUUUAUGAAGAAAUAAGAUCUAACCUUGGGAAAAUUCAGGGUCCUGCCAGUGCAGAGAUUUGGCCAAGGGCUUCCAUUACCAGAUUUCUGAUUUCGUUGCUAAAAGGGGACAGAAGAAAAGCUAUUUUUGGAGAACCUUUGUAUAUUCUGAGCUAGGUGCUGCUCAGAAAGCCAGGUGAACUCCUGGAAGGUAGGGAGGAUUUUUAAGCAUUUGGGCAUAGUGUAGAAUAACUGUGUAAACAUUAAUAUUGUUUAAUUUGCUGUCUUUUCCCUGUUCCCUUAAAUUAUGUGUGUUAGUGCAAAAAAAGCUUUAGCUGCACUUGGAGAUUUCCCCUGGCCAGAGGAAGCUGAGUAACAUAGGGAGAGGACUAGAGGUGGGAAUGCAGAUAUAGGCUUAGAAAUUAUCUCCGGCACUGUAAUGUAGUAUAAUUAGAUUAUAUGGGGUUUGGAUAGCUUCAUCUUUUAUAUUUGUAUGGAGAUCGGGAAAAAUGAAGUAAUUUGUAGUUUCUAGUAUAAAGUAGUAAUAGUGGAGACAAGCACAGAUUUCACAAGGGGGUCCUGAAGGGGCCCUUUCCAAACGUCUCGGGGAGCCGCGCUUGCACCUUAACAGGGAACAAAUGGUCAUUGUGGCUGGAGGGACUCAAGGUAAAGGAGGACAGCGUUGGGGACCAAACCUGGGGCAGCUUGGCUGGAUAGGAGACAACUUGGCCAUCAGCAUCUCAUUGUCAAGCAUCUUCGUUUCCCCUCUGGUGGCUGCUACAGCAAUUCGUAUGUGGGAUCUCCAGCUAUUAGUCUUAGAUCCUCAGUUCAACAUCUCCUUCCAUUCUUGGUAAUUUGUAGGUAAAAUUUAUUGCGUAGAAAACCGGUUUUGGAUGUUCUUGUGUUUGCUGCAUAGCAGAAAAAAAAACCACUCCAGAGUAAAGUUCUUUUCAAGGUAGAAGAACACUAAACUACCCCAAAUUAAAAGGUUCUGCGAUGCGUUUUGACUUCUUAAAUUCUAAGCUACAAAAAGAAAGUUGGUUUGAAUGGUUUUAUUAGAAAAUAAUCUCCCAUUUGAAAAAAUAGAGAGGUAAUAGAGCAACAUACCCAAAGCUGUAGGUAGGUAGAUUGGUCGUAUUACGGUAUUCUAGGUUUGGUUUUGUUGUUUAGCAGGGCCAGUUUUUAAAGUAAAUAUUGGGUGAUCUCAUCUCAUGACAGUUUACCUUGAGUUGACUGAAUCUGUCUCACGUUUUAAAGGGAGGUUCGAAGGGUUUUGGCCAAGAUUUUCAGGAGCUGUGAAUAGUUCGUGUUUUGAGAGGAGGAUUGCAUGAUUUCUGAAAAUAAAAGGUUGGUUGGGGGUUUUUUUAGAGCCAUCUUAAGCCCCAAAUCACUAGGCAUGCUUCUGGUCACCUUGGCCCCUGUGUUUCAUUUCAGGUGACAGCAAUAUGUGGGUGAAUUAACUCCCAUUGUUUACUACUGUUCACUGAAUGUUUAGGAGGACUUUUGCUUGUGGGCGGUUGAAAUAAAAAUGUCUUUGCGCAUUUCAGCAGUUUUAGCCUCUUCAUCUCUGUAUGUCUGCCUAUCUCCCAAAUCCCUGUGGUAUAUUCAAGUGGUAGCGGUCAGUUCUGUUGACUGGCAGAGCUUCAGCUUUCUCUUGGCCAUGAACUUUCUGGAUGUGUUUAGCUUCCAGUACUAAGGAUUGACUAUUUUGCAGUGCUUCAGAGCUAGUAAUUUUUACCUGUGUGUUAUGUACAAAACGUGAAGGGGGGGGGGGGGCGGGGGUGCUUACAGAGGUCUAAUGGCAUGUGUUUGGGAUGACCAUGUUGCUUGCUGGCAGUGAAUGCACCAUCAGCUCUUUUGUGUAUGCCCCGUUUUCCAGAACUGAUUGGUGAUUUUUUGUUUUGGAGAGCUGAAGUAGCUGAAAACACUUCCCUGGUCCUCUUGAAUGACGAGGUACAGGGAGUAAAACCCCUCACAGCAGACAACUUGAUAGUGUCUGAUCUGCGCUGAAGGCAAACCCCAAGCUCGUGCAGGACCAAGGAAGGGUUUUGGUGCUGAAGGUGAGUUGUUAUUUGGCAACUCAUUCCCAGAACUGGGGAUUGAGUUGAUUUGAAGUGGUGGAUGAAGUGCAGUCAAGGUGGUUUGGGUCCUAAGAUAAAGGCGGUGUAUCACAUGGAGGUCACUAACUACACGUGCUUUGCUUUUGGUGUGCGUAUGUGUGCUUAUAUAUGCAUAUAUGCUCUACAUACUGCUAUUAGCAAUUGUGGAAAUGUACAUGCACGCAUUUACACAUUAAUCAGAAUCUAUAGCUAGAGCCAGGUUUUCAGUUAGAUGUUUCUAAACGGGCAAGUUUCCCAGCCUGAGUAAGACCAGCCAUUUCCAAGAGCACAGGAGGCAGGUGUGGGAUGGAGGACACCUGCUCAAGGGAUGGAGAGAUGCAGGAAUGUGAGGUACAGGCUUACUGGGGCUCUUGCGAGCCAUCAGACACUCAGGACUUGCACAGAUACCUGCCUCAGAGGUAUUAAAAAAAAAUCCAGUUCCUUCAGGCAGUAACACUCAACUUGAGAAAACCUUUAAGUUGGCCACCGGGACUGAAGUAGCCCCCUUGCUUGAGAGAAGAAAUCCCAGCUCACCAGCCCUGGGGGUGUUACUGUGGGAAACACCAGGGAAGGAGAUUCCGACGGUGAAAAAGACAGAGGACUUGCUGCUCAGAGGCCCUUUCUUUUAUGUAAAUCUGCUUGAGACUCAGCUUACUGGCUGAAUUGGGACCAGCGGGCUGCCCUCCUGUAGCUGAUUCAGAGAUGCUUUGGGUCCUGCUGCUGUUUGUGGGGCCAUUGGGGAUGAUGGUGGUGAGAUGUUUCUGAAGAGCAUUCUCCAGGUGGGUCCUUCCCCAAGAGCAGCUCCUCAUCCCUCCCUCCAUGUGUUCUUGGCCAUUAAGCUCUGGCCCCAGAAUUUUGCCCUGAGGGAGCCACAAACCUCAGCUGAAGUGCUGAGGCUUUGCGUGUACUGAGUAGUCCAGGGAAACUUGACCAAGUGUUGCUUGCACCCUUUCUACCCUUGCUUUCAGUUUAUAGUCCUAUCAGGGGAAAUCAAUAGGGCAAGGGCAAGUCUGGCAGGGCGAGAAGGAUGUUUGCUGGAGCUAGGCAAGGUAUAGUAGGAAACAUGGCUGGGUGCACAGAGAUGGUGGGAGGAUCUUUUAUUUCCCCUUCUCACACCUGUGACAAAAGAAUUACUUUGAAAUGCUGUUGAAAACCCCUCCAAGCAUUUCUUCCGAUGUAUCCAGGGAUUCAAAUGGAUUCUCCGUUGAAUCUACUGAGCUCAUUUUGCCAAUCCACAGGGAAAAUAGGACGUACCCAUCCUCUGAAAGCACAGCCCUUUGCUCCGUGGAAAUACCAAGUUUCUAGGGGACCACAUGCUUUUGGCCCAGCUCUCUUUUACUAUUUCAAUGUCAAGAGCAUCUUUCACUUGUAGUAGAUGGCUUGCGUCGGUGGGUGCACAGACUGAAGGGGGAUUUGGGAGAGGAGUGUCUUUUAAAACACCAGGGACUUGUCUUGUGUAACUCUUGCCUUUGGACUCUGGUUUGGAGUUGCUGGGGGCCUGAUUCUGCAGCUCCUGCUGCCUUAAACUGCUUGACUGCAGCAGGGUUUGGGCAUAUCCCCAGUGCUCUGCCCACAUCCAAGGCAAAACAGCUUCAAGGCAGCUGAGUUGGGUGUGGAUGGGCUGUAUCCUGACCUCUCUGAAGUCAGAGUUUGGCCCGUGGUUGCAGCGAGGUUGUGAUUUGAGGUUCAAUCUAGCCGGCACCUUUAUUUUGGGAAGCACCAUCGGCACCGCUUGGGAAGCGGAUGUGUACGCUGGUUUGUUUUCUUGAUUCUUUAAUACCCUGUGACCGCCUGCAAAGGCUAGAUUUUAUGUUCGGCCAUGUUUAGCCCCCAAGUUUUUCAAUUUUUCUGCUUUGUGAUGUUUGUCUUUCUAGUUGGGAUGGGGAGAAAGGGAGCCCAGGUGAGUAGGGACACCUGAGACCUCUGCUUGGGGUAGAGGCAGAAGAUACCUAGCACAUGGCAGGCUUUAUAGCAAGUUUGGGGGUUGGGGUUUUUUUUCUGUUUCUGUAAAUAGUAAUGUAUAAAUGAUGACAAGUGUGGAAAUUAUUAAAAAAAAAAGUCUUUUGUUGUUGUUUUUAUAUUACCUCAUUCAGCAAGUUUGUUUUACAAUGACUCGAUGCUUUAUUUAUAUUGUUUGUACUGUAAUUAAACCGAUUGACAAACAUUUCACUUUGCUUGUUGUUUCAUAUGAUUUUGGUUUGAUUAAGUAUGCCAGUUUGUAUUAUGUUUCCCUUUCCUCUCUCUCCGCGUUGAGAUUUUUGUGUCAGCUGUACAGUAUUCUGAAUAAUUAAAAUAAAUAAAUAAAUAAAAAAAAGGAACAAAAGUUGUAAAGUACUGCAGAGAGAGGCUGCUAUAUUGUAUAGGUCUCUUUCUAAUAAAGACAAGAAAACUUGUUCGUCACA